AUGGAGGCUCCUGGAGGACGAGAGCAGCGCUGUGUCCUCCUGCUGGGAGGGGAGGAGGGGAAGAGGAGGGACGUGGGCUGCCAGUGGGAGAGUCCUGAGGAGGAGCGGCGGAAGGAGGUGGGCUGUCAGAGCGACUUCACGGAGACGAGGGACGCCAGCGUCCAGGUGGACCUGCUGACUCAGCAGCUCAGCUGGACACACUCAGGUUCUCCUGCGAUGCUGCUGCAGUGUCUCACGGUUCGACCCGACGGAUCAGACGGCGGCGCUCUGCUGCAGCACUGCACCACCAACCGUACCAGAACCAGAAUCAUUCGACCCGCUGUCAAACUCUCUGAUGAGCCCACUCAGACCAGAACCAAAAGAGGGCCGCCACUUCAGUAUUCUGACACCACCAGGCCACAUGCGGCCCGCCGGCGCCGCCGCAGGUCACCUGACCUCCAACAGGAGGAGGAGGACGACGCAGGUGAUCCCAUCUGGACUCCAACAAGAGGCUCCCAGCAUGCACCUGUGCAGACGGUGAAGCUGGAGCCCGGCAGCUCUGUGUGUGAGGUGUGUGGGAAGGUGAUGAAGAACAAGUCCAGCCUGGCGCGUCACUCCUUCAUCCACACGGGGAACAAACCGUUCUCCUGCCACCUCUGCGAGCUGCGCUUCAACCGCCGCGACAACCUGCAGCACCACCUGGCCCACCUCCACCCCGACGGCGUCAGCAGGCGGGAGAAGCGGCGGGCGUCGCCCUCGUGGCUCUGCGCCGUCUGCGGGAAGACGUUCAGCUGCCGGUCCCGCCUGAAGACACAUGAGGUGAUCCACUCGGGCGUGAAGCCGCACCGCUGCCCCCUCUGCCCCAAAGCCUACAUGAGGGUCAACGACCUGGAGCACCACAGGAAGGUGGUGCACGAGUCCAGCGGCGCCGACCCGACCCAGCCCGCCUCGCUGCUCUGUGACUCGUGCGGCAAAGAGUUCAGGUGCCGCUCGCAGCUCGUCAUUCACUUCCAGACGCACACGGGCGAGCGGCCGCACCUCUGUGACGUCUGCGGCCGCAAGUUCUCCCGCCAGUACCAGCUGAAGCGCCACAAGAUCCUGAUGCACGCCAACUUCAGUGACGGCCAGGUGAGCCCGCGGCUCGACGGAGCCUUCGCCUGCGACGUCUGCGGGAAGCGCCUGAAGACCGAGGCGCUGCUGGACGCUCACACUCAGACCCACACAGGCGAUAAGCCGCACCGCUGCACCAUCUGCCUGCGCGGCUUCCAGCGCGCCGCCUGCCUGAAGCAGCACCACGCCCGCGUGCACCUGAGGGCCAGAGCUGGAGAGGCGCCCACUGCACGCCGGAGGGGCGCUUCCACGCUGAGCGCCUUCUCGUGCCCCGUCUGUGGCAGGGUGUUCCGCUUCCGCUCCCUGCUGGCGAGCCACGCCCUGGUCCACAGCGAUGUGCGCCCCUUCGCCUGCGACUUCUGCAGCCGCAGCUUCCGCCGCCACAGCCACCUGAAGAGGCACCAUGAGGUGGUGCACGCCAACGGAGCGCGCCCCCCGGAGACCUUCGUCUGCCACAUCUGCGGCAAAGACAAGAAGUGCCGCUCGCAGCUCGCCCGCCACAUCAUCAUCCACACCGGAGAGCGGCCGUACGCCUGCGAACACUGCUCUGCUCGCUUCAACCGCCGCGGAAACCUGCAGCAGCAUCGCAGGCGCAUGCACGGUGUGGGCGGGCCAGGGCAGGACGAGGCUCCUCCCAUCUUGUUUGAUGAUGACGAUGUGAUGGCCGACGCUUUGGUUUAUAAACAGGAGACCGUGGACGCUGCCGGAGAACUGAGAGUCAUCGAGCAGGUAGACAAGUCACGUGACACUGCGCUGAGUGAUGAUGUCAUCGAGCAGGUAGACGAGUCACGUGACACUGCGCUGAGUGAUGAUGUCAUC